GCUAUGCAAUAUCUAGUCGUUUCUAAAAUGUUCAUGGAAACUGUCUAAAAAUGACCGAAGACCUUAAGCUUGCAGUCCUAGAAGUCAACAGACUCCUAGAGACCGACUACAACCUGAUCACGUUCGAUUCGCUAGCGCCGGAAUCGCUUCUGCAGGUGCUGGUCGAUGUGUUCCAGGCGUUCGGUGCCAUCGAGAAGCUAGACGUCCGCGAGAAUGACCCCGAGGAAACGAACGCCGCCGUCAUGGAGGCGCUGCGGAAGAUCCAGUACCGUCCGCCGGGGGACAUUGACGAUCCGGGAGCGUUCCGCCGGGGGCUGGUCCGCGGUGAGAAGAAGCUAAUCGUUCCGAUACUGCGCUGGACGUUCGACAAUCGGGAACGCGUCAAAAAGUCGUCUUAUCUGGCGAGGUUCCUGAUUCCGCUGGAUCUGCCGCCGGAGGCGAUGUCCAUGCCGGAUUUGAGUAGCUUGUGGGCGCAGUACUUGCAGACUAUGGAUGAUUUCAAGGAUGCACAUCGUGGGUAUGAGCAGUCCGUGCACGAGGGUGCGCAGACGAGAGAACUUCGAAGCGACAUCGGUGCGAUCGAGACCGAGAUUGAGAACGUUAAGAAGCGGAUCGAGCGUACUCAGGGUCGGCUGGAUAAGGUACCACAGCAGGAGUUACUGCUGGAAGCAGCCAACAGCUUGCGAAUUGAGAAAGAGCGCCAGAAGGAACUGUUGUCGCAAAUUGAAGAGCAGAAGCAAGGCUUGAACAGAGCCAGUAUGAUUCACGAUCGGCUGCAGAAGGAUUUGCACAACGCAAAGAUGUCGGUGCAGGGAGCAACUCCGCAGAACCUUUUGGAGAGCAUCAUGGAGGAAACGCAAGUAAUAGAGUUUAUGGUACAGCAGAAGUUACCGCAGGAAUUGAUGCAACGUCGGUCUGAAGUUCAGACUCUGCAAGAGGUGAUUGACGAACCGAGCAUCUCACGUAACGAUCUACAGGAGCUACAGAUCAAGAUCGAUGAGCUGAAUCGAGAGAUUCAGAAGCACGUGGAGGUUCGCAUGGCCGAAUACAACACCCAGAACGAUACGCUUGGACCGUUCCGUCAGCAAGCGGCUAUGGUUGCUCGUAACAAGGAAGCUGCCGCCGAACAACUCGAUCAGAUAACGAAGGAGCUUCGCGAGAUCGACAAAACGCUACAGGACAAGCAACGCCAGCUGCAGGACACCGUUGGAGAGGUGAUCCUACGUGGAGAAGAUCUCAAACAGUUUGUCAACACGCUCCGUGCGAAGAGUAACGUCUACAAGCAACAAAGAGCUGAGCUAGCUUCGGUCAAGGCGGAAGUUGCCGACCUCACGCAAACAUUGGAGAACCUCAAAACCCAAGAUCCGUCUCUGUCCAGCACGCUGUCCCAAGUGACGGACGACGAAUCUUCGUUAGCCGGCAGCAUUGUGAGUGGUUUCACCGGAUCCGAGUUCGACGGAAGUCGGCCCGGUUCACCUGGGAUCGGGACCCGCGGUAUGACCGAACUGGCCCGACUUGUGGACGGUUCGCAGCGGGCCGUGACGGGCGCACGGGACCGGGUCACUCCGCUGUCGCAGCAGCUGCGCCCACUUCGCGAGCGGGUAAUCGAACUCAAGGACGAGAUGGAUUCCAAGAAGCAGUCUUAUGACGCACUGAUUGCCACCCUCAAUGCCGAAUCGGCCGGUUUGCAGACCAAGAUCACCGACACCGAGAAGGCCAUCAAAUCGCUCGAACAACAGUGGCAGGAACUUCAGCUCGAGUACGAGCGUUCCGAACUGCUGCUGGAGAAGGCCAACGAGGAGAUCGUGAACCAGACCGCGGCUACCGAUUCCGAGGCCACCGGUGGAAAGAGUCGCGUAUCGCUGAAGGAAACCCUGGCGCAGCAGAUCUUCGAGCAGGAAACCAUCGGGAAGCGACUGCUCGAGGACCGGAACCUGCUGCAGGGCAACCGGGACGAACGUCAGCGGCAGCAGGAGAUGUGGGGUGACCUGAGGAAGCUGUUCGAGUGCAAGAUCCGGUGUUUUCAGGAGAGCAAGCAGCGCGGUCCGGGCGGCACACUGUCCGUUAGUCGGGGUGGAGCGGAGACGUUUACACUGCAGUAG